UGCAGAAACGGAUCAAACGCAAACUGUAUAGGUGUGAACCUAGCAUCAGACAUAUUUAACCCUUUGGGACAGGGGCGGACAGACCAUUUGGAAACUUGGGCACUGCCUGAGGGCCCGGGGUCAGUAGGGGGCAGGGGCGGACUGACCAUUUGGAAACUCGGGCACUGCCCGAGGGCCCGGGGUCAGUAGGGGGCCCCAUGAGAUGCCCCUGGUACCUUUUUCAUAGGCUUUUUUGAGUUUGGGCAAGGACACAGGGACCCCAUGAUCCCCUAUUGCCCGGGGGCCCCAUGAGUUGUCAGUCCGCCCCUGUAUUAUCACUGAUCA